AUGGCGGCGUGUCCGCCGGCGCCGUCAGACUCGGAGUCAAACAUCCCGGAAUUUGAGUGUAUAGACGUCAACACCAAGCCGUUUCACAUCGGGUCGUUUCGGAACGAGUGGCUAAAGCGACUGAAGCCAUGGCACUACUCGUUCCAAAAGGAGGACGAGGAAAGUUUCCAUGCCAACUUCGCUGCAGACAUGGGGCUGAGUGGCGAAACCAUGGCGGAGCUGAAGAGCGUCUGCAGUCUCGACUCUCUCCGAUGCCAUCCGGAGGGCGAGGAGCCCGAAACGGAUGUGGUGCCACCAAACCCGACACUGAAGACUCUGAUACAACGAAAAAAGAAACAGGAUUACAAAGCGUCGCUAAAAAUUGGCAAGAACAGACACGACCACUUGGCUGAGCAGAUGGAACGCCUGGUAGUUCGCGGACAAACCUUCAGAGGUUGUGACUUGGUCGCAGAAGGAGAUGUUCUUCUCACCAUAAAUGUCUACCACCCAGGCCUCGGGGAGAAGUUUGCCAUCGUCAGGCCGCACACAUGCUUCCUGGUCAUGGGCUCCCACACACUGACUGACCUUCGGGACGCCAUUUGCUGCGUGAGUGACAUCCAGGUGUGCGGGGAGUUCAGCAACACGCCUGACGUGGCACCGGACUUCAUCAGCAAGGAUCUCUUCAAGUCGGCGUUCUUCUUUUUUGAGGGGGUUUUCUACAACGACAUGAGGUUUCCUGAGUGCCAAGACAUCAGCACAACCACCAUUGAAUGGGCAAAAUCCCACAACUUCCCAGAGUUUCAGCAAGCCAAGAUGGAGGAGACCAGGUUCCUGGACCUGAAAGUCAAAGUGGGGUACCCGUAUUUGUACUGCCACCAGGGGGACUGUGAGCACCUGGUCAUCAUCACCGACGUCAGAAUUUUACACAUGAACGACUGUCUGGACAAGCAGCAGUAUCCUCUGGUCAUUCACAAACACCGAGCGGUGACGCAGAAGUGCGCCGUCUGCUACACAUUCAUUGCCAGGUGGUACACGACCAAAGACCAAUUUGCACCGAGCGAUCCGUGUAUCUUUUGCGACAAGUGUUUUCGAAUGCUGCACUACGACAAGGACGGUAACAAGCUGGGGACGUUCGAGGCCUUCGCCUACGUGGACCGCGGAGCUUUCAACUAGAACCCCGUAAUUAUCUAUUUAUUUUCAAGCAACUUCUGUUCAAGCAGUCAUGUGUUACGUUGGGGAGAGAAAUAAACUUUAUUUUUUCAAGAAGA